GCGGGUGGGGGAAAAAACAUGGAUGGAAAAAGGUCCUUCAGAGAAGGGCUUAUCUAAAGGCCACGGGAGGGCAUCUGAUUUACCCGGAUGUUUCAGUAAAAAUGCUCUAAAUAAACUUUUAAGAAGGAACAAACUUUGUACCCAUGUCCACCUCUUAACUUACCUCUGCAGGGUCACAUCCUGCUGCUCUUCAAUGCGACUCUGACUGCAGAAAAUAUACAUAAAAAUGUUCCUGUAUAUCCUCGGACUCGUGGCCCUUUGGUUUAUCUAUCGUUGGUUCAAGGAGUCCAAAAGAGUGCCGAACAAAGAAGAUAAAUAUGUCUACAUCACUGGCUGUGACUCUGGGUUUGGUAAUCUCCUCGCAAGACAUCUGGACAAGCUGGGCUUCCGCGUGGUCGCCGGUUGUUACACAGAGAAGGGUGAGGACGAGCUGAAGAAGAUCUCCUCUGACAGACUGACUACCACUCACCUGGACGUCACCGACUCUGAAAGUGUCAGCAAAGCAGCAGCUCUCAUCAAGACUCUGGUUGGACAGAAAGGACUUUGGGCUGUCGUGAACAACGCAGGAAUCGCUCUCCCAUCUGGUCCCACCGACUGGCUCACCAUCGAGGAUUACAAGCCCAUGCUGGCUGUCAAUCUGUGUGGUGUCAUCGACGUAACGCUGAGCGUCCUCCCUCUCAUCAAGAAGGCCAGAGGCAGAGUGGUCAACGUCGCCAGUGUGUUUGGGCGAAUCAGCCCGUUCGGCGGGCCUUACUGUGUCUCCAAAUACGGAGUGGAGUCCUUCAAUGACAGUCUGCGUUUAAACUUGGCACCUUUCGGAGUCAAGGUCUCAGCCAUUGAGCCAGGCUUCUUCAAAACAAACGUCACUGAUACAGAGAUGGUGAAAAACAACCUGAAGAGGCUCUGGGACAGAUUACCUCAAGAAAUGAAAGACGACUAUGGACGUGGCUUCUUGGACACAUCCCUUGAGAAGGUGGAUGAAAAUUUUGCGCAGCUGACGGACGGGAACCUGAUGAAGGUGGUCGGCUGUAUGGAGCACGCCAUCUCCGCCGUUCAUCCUCGCACCCGCUACUCUCCUGGAUGGGACGCAAAGUUCAUAUGGUUGCCUCUGUCAUACAUGCCGACCUUCAUCUCAGACAGACUUUUCCUUAAAAACAGCCCCAUGCCAAAAGUAUCAGUCCUGUAGUUUCUGUCAAAUCUGAGAAAUUUGUCUCCCUAAAAGAAGAUCAAUGUCUGUUAUUUUUACUGCAAUAAAUAUUGACACCAUAUAACAAUAUCUUGUUGAAUAAAACAUGUUUGGCUCUUCA